GGAUUCGAAGGAGCGUGGGGUGACUGAGCUAGAAUUUUCCUAAUCAAACAACGUAAGACUAUAAAGGCGUCUUCAGUGAAACCAAUCGACACUUACAAUUUAAGUUCCUACAAAUCGAAGAUCGUCCAAAGAAAAUUCCGAGAAUUUUGAUCAAGAGCGAGCUCUUUGUGAUUAUAUACGGUUCCAUGGCGAUUGCAUCCAAUGAAUCCACGAGCAUCUGCAGUCACUGUGACAAAGCUAUUCCUUCUACAAAUAUCGAUUUGCACUAUGCUCAUUGCUCCCGAAAUCUGGAAAGAUGUAAACAUUGUGGUGACAUGGUUCCAAAAAAACAUGCUGAGGAACAUUACUUAAAUACCCAUGCUGCGGUAUCCUGCUCACUCUGCAGUGAGACUAUGGAACGUGAAAUUUUAGCUGUUCAUAAAGGUGAAAAUUGCCCCCAAAGGAUUGUCACAUGCGAAUUUUGUGAGUUUCCUUUGCCUGCAAUUGAUCUGUCAGAGCAUCAGGAAGUAUGUGGCAACCGAACGGAAUUAUGUCAUCUGUGUAGAAGGUAUGUUAGACUGUGUGAAAGGAAUGGCCAUGAAGCCAUGUGCAAUGGUGCACCAGAUAACAGUGUUGGUGUCCAAGAUAAUGGUGUUGGUGUCUCAGAUCAUACCGUCAGUUCUUCAAGAAGGGAUGCAAGAGCAGCUGAGAGAGAACAAGGUGGGCAAAGAAGGCCGCCGCUACAGGGGUUUUCACAGAGACGUCUUCUGUUCACCAUUGCAAUUACAGGCAUUGCUGUUUUAUUAGGAUCACUCUUCUUCCAGAAGAAAACCGAAAACCACUGAAAUGCAUUUGGAGUAGGAAGGAACAAUUUGAGGAUCUGCAACUCUGCUUUAAAGUUGUGUAUUCAUUUGUCUGGAUCUAAAUCAUUUUGAGAAAAUGCUACUAUAACCGUUGAACUCAUAAGGAUGUCACUUAUAUAUAUAUAUACAUUAACCAAGAAAGAUUGCAUAUUAUUUGAAA